GGAGGUUGGCCCUGCGCGCUCACGACAGCCCACAGGAGCGUGUCACGUGCACGCGCUGCAGAGAGAGAGAGAGAGAGUCGAGUUCGCGCGAGGUGGAGCAUGGCGAGCCCCGGCAAGGAGCACCUGUACAAGGUGCUGGUGAUCGGUGACCUGGGCGUGGGCAAGACCUCCAUCAUCCGCCGCUACGUGCACCAAACUUACUCCAACAACUACCGGGCCACCAUCGGCGUGGACUUCGCGCUCAAGGUGCUGCAGUGGGACGCCGACGAGACGGUGCGCUUGCAGCUGUGGGACAUCGCCGGCCAGGAGCGCUUCGGCAACAUGACGCGGGUGUACUACCGCGAGGCGGCGGGGGCGUUCAUCGUGUGCGACGUGACCCGGCCCAGCACGUUGGAGGCGGCGCUCAAGUGGAAGGAGGACCUGGACUCCAAGCUGACGGGGGCCGACGGCCGCCGCGUCUCCGCCGUGCUGCUGGCCAACAAGUGCGAGCAGGGCCGCGGGCUCCCCGCCAACGGGCUCAAGAUGGAGCAGUUCUGCAGGGAGCACGGAUUCGUCGGCUGCUUCGAGACAUCCGCCAAGGACAACCUGAACAUCGACGAGGCGGCCAACUUCCUGGUGAAGCACAUCAUGGCGAGCGAGGACGCCUUCCUGAGGAGAGCCGCCACGCCCGGCACCGUCACGCCGUCACUCAACCGACAACUCCGCCAGUCGGACGGAUGCGCCGGAUGCCUCAAGUGACCCGAAGAAUUCCCUCACAAACUCCAUUUUGCACACCUUUUAGUUCCAAAUCCUUUUUUUAAUUUAAUUUAUUUUUAUUUUUGUUAACUUAUUUGCCUUAUUUUAACAACUGACGCGGACACAACUGUGGAAGUAUUUAUUUGAUAAUCUUUCAAUCAUCAGUCACUUUAGUGACAUCAAAAUUCAAAAGAAAUUUUAAUUUUGCAAAACUAAAAACAGUGUUGAUGGAACAGUGCGCAAAAUGGAAUGUUAUCACAACGAGGCUUAUUUUAAUACUAUUAUUUAACUUUAAAAAAAAAACAUACCAAAGUCAUGUAUUUUUCUACAGAAAGGUCACAAUCGUACUUUUUCUUCUUCAAGUAAUAAGUCACACAUUUCCAAAAAUAAAUUAAAAAUAUAUUUAAUAUAUAUUAAUUGAUGUAAAUUAAUUAAUUUAUCAAUUAUAUUAAAAAUAUUUUGGGGUGUUGUUUCAAAUGUGUUUCCCCUAAAACUAUUUUUUAAUUUGUAAAAAUCAUGCCAUCAUUA